UCACAGGUCGUGCUUAUCUUUUCAAACGAGUAGUUAACCUGACCUUUAGCAGUGUGCAAGAGAGGGUUAUGCUUACAGGUAGGCAUAUGGUAAGAGAUGUAAUGUGCAAAAGUUGUGAUGCCAAAUUGGGUUGGAUGUAUGAAUACGCCACCGAAGAUGCACAAAAAUACAAGGAAGGGCGUGUGAUUCUAGAGUACGCACUAAUUAACGAGACAGAGGGUUUUCAGGGUGAAAGCGGUACAGUUCAUUAAACUAAAUUAAUUUGUGUAGAAUUUUCAUUAAUUUAUCACAACAUGUUAAAUCCGAGAACACUGAAAACUCGACAGACCCUAAUAGAAUUAUUUGCAUUCUUAGUUAUUAGUCUUCUUCGUUAGUAUUCAACAAUUACCAAAAGUUGCAUUUGCAUUAAGUUAGUAAUUUAAUUGUCACUUGGCUACACUACGUUAAAAAUCGCAAUAUCUAUUUUUUAUUCUAAGGACGUAAAUGCGUAUCAAAAAUUGCUUAUGGAAUGUUUCACCGAUAGUAAAAUCGAGUAACUUUUCGUCUGCGUCCUUGCAUCAUCAUAAUAUAUAAGAAAUAUUUAACCAUUCAUCUACAUACAUAUGUAUCUACUACGCAUUUUAAGUUUUUGAAUAGUAAUUUAAAUCAUUUAUCAAUUUUACGAAAAUAUAUCAAAAUAAAAAUGCCAAAUAAGCAGUUUAAAAAGCAUAUGCCCUCUUAUCAGGGCAGUGAACUUCGGCGUACGACUCAACAACCAA